UUUAGUCGGUUUUCGUAGAUCGCCUUGUUCGCAUACGUCGUAUAGACACACAACAAAAAAGAAGAAAAAAAACAACACGAAGUAAAAAAGCACGUUUACUUCGUUUUUACCUGACUAGUUGCGCAUAGAGUUUGUGUUUGUUUUACGUUCGUUCAUUCGGUACACGAGAUGCGUGAUGAAAAUAAUGAAUUGCCUGGAAACUUCCUGAGUGAAUUAUACAAGUGGGCGUUAGAAUCUGUGGGCCGUGUGGCGCUUGAUACGCGUCUCGGAUGUGUUAGCAAACAGGGCAACGAGGAAUCCAAACGUAUUAUCGAUGCUAUAAAUACAUUUUUCUGGACAGUUGCUGAGGUCGAGCUACGGAUGCCAGUUUGGCGAUUCUACGAAACCAAAGCCUAUAAAAACUACAUCGGAGCUUUAGAUAGUUUUACAGAACUCUGCAUGAAGCAUAUCAACAUUGCAAUUGAAAACAUGAACAAUAGCACCACAGUCAAAGAGGAGGAGAAUCUGUCAAUUAUCGAGCGCAUCAUGCAAAAAACCGGAAAUCCAAAGAUAGCCGCCGUCUUAGCUUUAGACUUAUUUUUAGUUGGCGUCGAUACGACCUCAGUAGCAGCCACUUCAACCAUUUAUCAGUUAAGUCAGAAUCCCGACAAACAAGAAAUGCUUUACAAAGAGCUCAAAUCGAUAAUGCCGGACGUACGAGCACCCGUUGAUACGAAAAUCUUGGAACAAAUGCCAUUCUUACGGGCUUGCAUAAAAGAAACACUAAGAUUGUAUCCCGUGGUAAUCGGUAACGGCCGAAACUUACAGUCGGAUGCCGUGAUUGCUGGCUAUCAUGUACCAAAGGGGACGCAUGUCAUCUUUCCACAUUUGGCUGUGUCGAAUUCCGCUGAAUACUUCCCAGAACCAGAGCGAUUUUUGCCCGAACGAUGGAUUAAACGCGGUGAAUUAAGUGAUGUGUCAGGCUGUCCGCAUGCUGGUCAAAAGAUUCAUCCAUUUGUUAGUCUACCAUUUGGCUAUGGACGCCGCAUGUGUAUCGGCCGUCGUUUUGCCGAAAAUGAGUUGCACAUUUUAGUCGCGAAGUUCUUCCGAAAAUACAAAAUCGAAUACAACUACGGCAAGCUCACAUACAAAGUGAAUCCGACAUACAUUCCGGAACAACCAUUAAAAUUUAAAUUGACUGAACGACAAAAUUAAAGCGAUUUUGAUGUAUGGUUUGUGCACCGGUGCGGGUGCAGUAUGUGUCUGUAUGUAUAUCUGUGUGUGUGGCAUUCCAAUGCUCUAAUUAUGUUUUGGUGCUAUUAUUGUUUUUGAUUCGUUCAUUGCCCGUCAAUGAAGUUGAAAUGAAGCUAGCGGACGGUGUGCUGCUUGCUCCAUCGUUGUGUCUGUGAGUGUAUGCGCGCGCGCUUGUGUCAAUAUUUAAUUACCAUAAAAUGUCAGAAAUGAAGCCAAUAAAUCACGUCAUUUAUUUCGAAUGCAUUCCACACAAUAUUUUGGACCAGAUCAUAUGACCAAUUUUCUACCAAACACUCUAUUCAUACGGUUGUUUAAUUGAAAUCGAUUUGGAUGGACCAGUAUGUGCGGUGGAGGUGUAUAAAAUUACCAGAAAUCGUCGUUCAUAACAUUUCAUCAAUGCUAAAAUGAAAUAUGAAGUAUGGGAUAGCAUUAGCCGUCGCAAUGAACGUGAAUUCACCCGAAAUUUUUGGAAUAUAGAUUUGAAUGCAGCAAGGGUUUAUCAUAAACCGCAACCACAACCAUUUAGCUUUUAAUCAACAAUAAUUACCAUGCAUACCAAUUUGUGUUUUUAGAAAAUAUUACCGAUAAUAGAACUAAUUCGAAAUGUAUGUUGUACUCUCUUGUGUAUAUAUAAAAAUAUGAAAAUUUCUUUGUAUUAUAUUUAAAUUUUAAUAAAAGAUAAAGACUACGAAGAGAAUGGAAAAUCAAAAAAA